GCCCGGCUCCUUCCUUGGGCUUCUGCGUUAAGGUCCCGGCUUCAUCCAGUUCAGGUUCUGGGGGGGAAAAAAGGGUUGUGCUGAGGAGGAAAAUUGAGACUUAAACGUUUUCUGAGCACCCCGGUGCUCUCCUGGGGGAGCGAGGGCGGCCCAAAGAGCUGACAUCGAGAAGGAAACAGGGUAGUUUGCUCUUCAGAAAUGGUUUCUUUAAAAGAAAYGACCUAGAGCGAGCGAGGCUAGUCCUGGACCUUCCUCCUUUCCCCGCUCGAUAAAUUAUUUUAGGGUAAACUAGGAAAUUAAAAAAGAUUUGGGCAUCGGAGUCGUUGGAUGAAAAUCCCUUGGGUGGCUUCUGGAAAGUCGACCGGCUCCAACGUUGAACUCUCCGCAUUGGGGUUCGGCAUCCGUGGUGCGAGCGCCCUCCGUGAAACGCUCGGCGGGCCCCUGCGCGGCUCCGCUGGCUGUGUAUUUAAAAGGCAAGGAGAAAAAAGGGGAUAGAAGACUCCUCGAAGGCUCUCGUUCGGCCCCUGCGUCCACAUUGCUGCGCCGGGAGGGAUCUCAGCAAGACGCCAGGAGCUCCUCGCUAAGGGCCGCGCGGAGCCGCCCGCCAUGGCCGCGCACAAGCGGAGCCGGGCGCAGGCGUGGCCGGAGGAGCGCGGCGACCGCGAGCACGGCCUCUACAGCCUGCACCGCAUGUUCGACAUCGUGGGCACCCACCUGACGCACCGCGACGUGCGCGUCCUCUCCUUCCUCUUCGUGGACGUCAUCGACGACUACGAGCGCGGCAUGAUCCGCAGCGGGCGCGACUUCCUGCUGGCGCUGGAGCGGCAGGGCCGCUGCGACGAGACCAACUUUCGCCAGGUGCUGCAGCUGCUGCGCAUCAUCACGCGCCACGACCUGCUGCCCUACGUGACGCUGAAGCGGCGCCGYGCCGUGUGCCCGGAUCUGGUGGACAAGUACCUGGAGGAGACGUCCAUCCGCUACGUGACGCCGCGGGCGCCCGGCGCCGCCGAGCCCGCCCUGGCGCAGCCCCCCAAAUCAGUGCCUGCCCAGCACCCCGUCGUCUGCUGCCCGUCCGCGGGGCCCCAGCUCUGCGCCAAGCGGCCCGGCCGCGGCAGGGCCCUCCUCGGCAGCCAGCGCAGGAGGAGGAAGUCGGUGACACCGGACCCCAAAGAGAAGCAGACCUGCGAUAUCCGCCUGCGAGUCCGGGCCGAGUACUGCCAGCACGAGACGGCGCUUCAGGGCAACGUCUUCUCCAACAAGCAGGACCCCUUGGAGCGCCAGUUCGAGCGCUUCAACCAGGCCAACACCAUCCUCAAAUCGCGGGACCUGGGCUCCAUCAUCUGUGACAUAAAGUUCUCCGAGCUCACCUACCUCGACGCGUUCUGGCGCGACUACAUAAACGGCUCGUUGCUCGAGGCGCUCAAGGGCGUCUUCAUCACGGACUCGCUCAAGCAAGCCGUGGGCCACGAGGCCAUCAAACUGCUCGUUAACGUGGACGAGGAGGAUUACGAGGUCGGGCGCCAGAAACUCCUGAGGAACUUGAUGCUGCAAACGGCCCCCUGAGGCGCCAC